AUGAGGGUCUACUCCACUUGGACCACUCCAAAAAGAGGAGGCCCACGUUUGAAACCUGUAAGUUUCCAUCCAACCACUUUCAGGCCCUCUUUUAUACUUAAAGAUUCCGGGAUCCCGCUUACAUCCAUUCGUUGUGGAGACCUCAGUAAUGUGCGGAAGGUUCCUAAAUUAGCACAUCGGCUGGACAGAGUGUUAUUCCAGCCUCUCAAUUACCACUUCCUGCAAGAUCCAAGAUCCAGCGUUUAUAAUUUUAAUCCUUACCUUCAAAACUUGAUACCUUUGAAAGAAUUGAACCAAAAACUUCUGGAAGGAACUUUUGUACCGAGUGAGAAAGAUAAGAACCUGUUGAAGUUAUGUCAAGAACACAAGACCAAUUUUUACACCUCAACAAGUGCGGUCACGGGAAUUCUCUCGCAUAUGCAUUUUCUUUUAUCUAAUAUGAAGGGGAUCAAUGGAGAUGUACUGUCGAAGAACUUCAAAGAAAAGCGAUUCCGAUUCACGAAAGGUGCUACCAUUCCUGGUGUUGUACUGGCCAUGAGAAAAGACACAGAAGGUCCAGAUUGUCCAUUUUCGAAAAGGCGAUAUGCAAUUGGAGCUGAUCAUUCUGCUGAUAACGAAAUAGUCCUGAGUUUAAUGGGACAUUUCAUGGAGCGACUAUUAGUAUGUCCUCCGGAGAUUUACAACCAGUUCAGAGCUGAUUCGAAAGUACCUUUUGAAAAGGUCAAGGAAACAUUUCACGGCGAAAGCGUUUACAAUUUCAGCAAAAUUUCCAACUUUAUUUUGCGAUCACAACUUGAUUGCCAAGAUCAAAGACUUCCGAACGGAAACAAGUCGUUCGAUAUCAAGACGAGAGCCGUCUGCGCCGUUCGUCAUGACAUUUCUCAUGUAGAGCGUGAUGAAUACACGGGGUAUCAGAUCGUACGAGCUCAUGAUCAGUACGAAUCAUUUGAACGUGAAUUUUACGAGCUGAUGCGUUCUACAAUGUUGAAAUAUUCUCUUCAAGCCCGCAUAGGAAACAUGGAUGGGAUAUUUGUAGCAUACCACAAUAUUGAAAAAGUUUUCGGUUUUCAGUACCUUCCUUUGGAAGAGAUUGACUAUAUUCUACACAGUGACACAUUAGAAUCCACACUAAAUACCAAAAACGACGUCCAAGACCAGGAUAAGAUAAUGGGACCCCUCGGAACCCACACCCCAGAUCUGAAAAGAAUUCUCAGUACCAAGAUUGCCAACACAGAAUAUAAGUUUAGCAUGGAGAUCAUCAACAGGAUCUUAUGCAGAAUUCUUAAUAAGAAGAGUGAUCCUAAUGUUACACUCAGUGAUAACUACAGAAUCGUUUUCAAGACCGGGAAGUUCAAGAAAAAAGUUUAUCUGUUUGUUCUUGCAUCUCCAAUAGACGAACAGAUGGUGCAGAGAAUUCAAAAUGUAUCCAAGGAAAUCAGCAAUACCACUUUAGACAAGCAAAUUGACAUCGAAAAACUUCUUAGUGGAGACAAUGACUCCUCUGAAUCACCGCUUAAUGAAGAUCUGUUAAAAAAAAAUUACAAGAGCUUUGAGCAUCGCAAGAUGGUUCGUGAAAUCAACCAGAAAACCAGUGAAAAUGCUUUUGGGUACCGUAUCAGCGUCGACCACUUAUUUAAUGGAAAACAUUCAAAGAUGGCUCAUCCAAUGCCGACAUCUUUAGAUGAUGACUGGGCUUUGAAUACCUACGUUACUAGCGUGCGCCCCAGUUUGGCCAAAUUUUUGUAUUUGAAAUUCUUAAAAGAGAAGGAAGACAUUUGCUGGAGAAGCUUGUAUGACAAUGAAACAGAGUCUGAACCAGAUUCCGAAAUUUACAAGGAAGACGAUCUUUCCGAUUCAAAUUCCGAAAUUCGGUCAGAAGCUGAUAAGAUGGAGUUGCAUCUUAGAGAAUUAGCCAAGGAUACUGAGCCCUCUCAGUACCAGCAGCUUCUUCGUGCAUUCGGAGGAAAGGGGCGUUUAAGAGAAGAAAAAUACCGACAAAAACCACCUAAGCAUAUCCAACUGGUGAAAUAG